GUGGUUGGUGGUGGACGAAAAGGAAAAGAAUAAUUCGAAGGGUGAAAAAAAGGAGAAGAGAGAGAUAGAGAGAGAGAGAGAGAUAAAAGAAAGAAGAAGAAGAAGAAAAAGAAGAAAAUGGGCUGCAACACGAGCAAGGAAAGCGUCCAGCCAGCUGCUGAGGAAGCGAAGGAGGAUGUCAAGAAUGGAGAUAUUCCAAAAGUAAACGACACUGAAAAUAGUACGAAAGAAACAAAAUCGGAGGAGACUUCGAAGGAGGAUAAGUCUGAAGUAAAAAAGGAGGAGAAUAGUGAAAAAUUAGAAGAGAAAGAAGAGGAAGAAGUAGAAGAAGACGUUUCGGAUCAACAUAAGGUCGAAGCUGCAACAAGGAUACAGGCAGCAUUUCGUGGACAUCACGCGAGAAAGAGUAUGAAAGAGACUGAUACCUCGAAACAACAAACGGGGACCAACAAAUCAGAAUCCGAGCCGACCAAGGAAGAAUUACAACAGGAAUUCCGUGCCGACGAUAAAGAACUCUGCAACGCAGCAACAAAGAUACAAGCAUCUUUCCGUGGCCACAUGUCGAGAAAGGAACAAGCCGCAGCAGCUCUCGUCAAAUCGGCGGGAGAAAUCGUUGAAAAUGCUGCUUCCAAAAUAGAAAAGAAGGUUGAGGAUGCUGUCAACGAAUUAGAGGGUAUAGAUCUAACGGAUCCGGAUUUGCAUAAGGCAGCGACAAAAAUUCAAGCGAGCUUCCGAGGUCAUAAGGUUCGCCAAGAGGUUUCCGUUGCUCCUAACACCGAAGCCGAGGAUAAGAAAUAAGAUGGCGGUCGGGCGUGUCGGCCAUCUUGGGAAGAGGACCGAAAGUGAUUUUUUCGUAUAUUCCCAGGAAGCGAUUAAGGCAGCUAGUUUCUCGAGAAAGAAAAAAAAGAGAAAAAAGGAGGGAGAACAAAUAAAAAAUAAAGGGGAGGAAGAGGAGGAGGAGGAGGAGGAAGACGAAGAGAAGGAAGAAGAAGAAGAAGAAGAAGAAAAAGUAGAAAACGAAGAAAACCAUGUUACAAGAUCUCCUCCUUUAGGCGAAACGAGGACGACAAAUUGAGCAGAUCAUUACGCGAACGUCGGAUCAGUUUCACUUUCGUUCCCUUUUCUUUCUUUUUUCUUCUUCUUCUUCUUCUUCUUUUUCUUCUUUUUUUUUCUCCUCAUUCAUUCUCGUGAAUUCGUUGGAAGAUAUUCAUAUUUCUUCCUGGAUAUUUCUUUUCUCUUUCUCUCUUUUUUUUUUUUUUUUUUUUAUUUUCAAAUAAAUCCUCAAACUUUGGAGAAGAGAAAUUUCCGACGAUGCUCGACAUCGUGACGUGUUUGAAACGAGCAAGGAAAAAAUUAUUCAAAAGGGGGGAAGGCGCUGAGGGGAAAGAAAUCGACGAGAAGUAAAUGUCAGAUUUUUUUCUUUUCGUAUUUGUUAUCAAAAAAAAAAAAGAAGAAAAAAGAAAAGAAAAGUAAAAGAAAGAAAAUGAAAGGAAGGUAAAGGUAAAGAAAAAAAAUAAGAGAGAGUAUAUAUAAGUGAGUUUUCGACGUCCAUAUUUUUUCCUUAUCCCUAUUCCCCCAUCAGUCCCAUUUUCACUUCCUAACGAAUUCGAUGCUGUGGUAUGUGAAAUCAAUGGAAAAGCAUGAAAUACAUCAUUCGAAAGGGUCAUUAAAAGCUCGAAUGUGAUUCGAUAUGAUCGAAUAUCGAAUCUCCGUCUGUCUAUCUGCUUACCUCUCUUUCUCUCUUAUAUAUAUAUAUAUAUAUAUAUAUAUAUAUAUAUAUAUAUAUAUAUAUACAUAGUUUCAAGCAAACGUAAACGUCGUUGUCGUCUCUCUCCUACCCUCUUCCCUACCCCCUAACCCUCUUUAGUGGGCUUAGAGCAAAGCACCGGUAUAAUUAUCGGAAGCGAUUCUAUUUCGAGCAAGGCUAGCAUACAUACACCUAGAUAUACAUAUUACAUACAUAGAUACAUAUAUAUAUAUAUAUAUAUAUAUAUACAUACAAACAUACAUAUAUAAAUACAUAUAUAUAUGCAUACGUAUAGAACCAGCCUAAAGGGAUAUGUGCUUAUGCACCUAGAAAUUUAUUACAGUGAUCUGUGUACGAGAGAUGUAACCCGGUAAUUGAUUUAUGCUUUGACGCGUGCAAUCGUAAUGCCCAUUAAUUCCUAUUCUUCCUUAGGCCUCCCCCACUAAUCACUUAAUCUCUUUUAUAAGAAGACUAGAUAUAAAAUAGAUAUCUAAUUUUUCGAAUGAUUGUCAAAGUAUGAUCAAUAUAAAUGAAGGAUAAGGAAAAAGUAAUUCGAAUGACGAUCGAAGCUCACCAAAAUUUAUUACUAUUAUUAUUAUUAUUAUUAUUAUUAUUAUUAUUAUUAUUAUUAUUAUUAUUAUUAUUAUUAUUAUUAUUAUUAUUAUUAUUGUUAGUGCGUAAGAGUACAUCGGCGGUAUUUAAAAAAUUUUGAAAAGCACAACACAAUCGAUCCUCGCGUUCACCGAGUCAAACUCGAGCUUGAAAACAAAAUAUUAAAAAAAAAAAAAAAAAAAAAAAAAAAAAAAAGAGAGAAAAAACAGAACAACAAAAAAGGUAUAUAUUAAACUCCUUCGAGAAUAAAAAGUUUUUAGUCGAUUCAACACCACGUACGAAUUUAUUAAUCACGAAACUCAUUAUAAACUACCAAAUUACGAUGUAUGGCGAAUUAUAGAAACGUUUGAUAAUCCAUUUGAAAGUUAAUAUAUAUAUAUAUAUAUAUAACGCGUAAAAAGCACCCUCAUCUGCCCCACCUGGCCAACCCCCAUUCCCUUUUUUCGACAAACUUAUAUACUCUCUUUACCGUAUAUAUUAUGUACGUAUAUUAUUAUUAUUAUUAUUAUUAUUAUUAUUAUUAUUAUUAUUAUUAUUAUUAUUAUUAUAUUGAAAAGAUAAAACAAUUAAAAUAAUAAGAAUUAAGAAUAAUGACGAAAUAUUUUAUCGAAUUGAUAGUAUACAAAAAAAAAAAAGAAAAAGAAAGUAAUAAGUUAAAUGGUUAACGAACUAUGGGACGCGUACGUAUGAGACACAUUUUAAUUGGUACAUAUUAAUUUCGAUGAUUCAUUGGAUCUUAUUGUAAGAAGAAUUAUUCGAAUAUUUAUAACUUUGUAAUUUUUCUUUUUUAUAAUUUUAAUUGUUCACGAAUAACGUAUGCAUAAGUAUGAUAAGAAGAAAUUAUAAAAAGAAAUUUUCUUCAUACACGCAUGUAAGAACAAUUGUCUAUCCUAAGGGGCUCAUUUUCUCAGAAUAAUUCAUCUGUUCUUCCGAUAGUUGGCGCUCCAAGCAAUCGUUGACAUCGAUCACUCAUGAUCGUAAUACUUAGCUGGAAACCACACGCAAUGGACGUUUGAAAAAUAAAUAUUAGAACGAACGAGCUCGUUGUCAUUGAUCUAUUAUCACGAAGAAAUUUAUGAAUAAUUCUUCUCGGCAAAUGUCCAAUGUUUUUUAUCAAGAGAAAAAAAAAAAAAAGAAGAAAGAAUAAUAUUUCACAUGCGAAUUUAUUUUUUAACGAUGAAUAACGAACAGCCAGUAUUUCAAUGCGUUAAUUUAGAAUAUCUCGUUGUGACAAACAUACACACACACACACAUACACACAUGUUAAGCGCUUAUAAAUCCUACCUUUUGUUGGAUUCGACUUUAAUCAUGAUCAAAAAAAAGAAAAACGCAAUUUACGUUAACGAGCGAACGUAGAUCAUUGUACUGCCAAGCAAGCGAUAAGAGUCAGUGUCAUAAAAUCUAAUUUUAUUCUAGUCUUAUAGUUUUUCCUAUUAUUUGUAGAUAAACAAUCAUGUAAAUGAUCGAACAAUGAUCCGAUGUUUUUAGCAGGCCUAAAAACGUAUAACGCUAAUUAAAAAGGAAGAAAAGUAAGAAAAGAAAAGAAAAGAAAAGAAAAAAUAUGCAAAUAGCUUCUUCGUUUCCCGAGCAUUGAGAUUAUUUUUUUUUUGUUUUUUUUUUUUUUUAUAAUAACAAUAAUAAUUAAUAAAAGAAGAGGAAGAAGAAAAAGAAGGAGAAAAAGAAAAAGAAAAUGAAAAUGAAAGAAGUAAAAGAGAUCAUGGGCCUUUGUUGAUCGGGCCCAUUCAGUGCAUUAAAUCGUUCUCGAUUUUUCUUUAGAAUCGUUUUUGUCGGGAUUAAUGAUUAUACAGAGAUGCUCGAAGCGACACGAUUAUUUUUGAACAAUUGUAUACAUAUGUAUUUAACGAUAUUAUGGACGAAGAAUACAUAAUGAGUCGUCGAUAUUUCUGUAUGUAUGUACAGAGAAUUUCGUGAAAAUAUUUCUUGAAUAUUCUCGUACGAUGAUACUUCACUAGAAAAGAAAAAAAAAAAAAAAAAAAAAAAAAGAAAAAUUCACGUGGAUUGAAAAUUUCUUUGAGAUUAAAAAAGAAAUUGAAUGAUAAAGAGGAUAAGGAAGUUAUACUUCGUAGAGAGAUACAUACCGAUAUAUUGUAAAAAUAUAUAAUAAUUUCUCUCUUUCGUAUAACGUUCUGAACUGUGAACGAGAACGAAAAAUGUGCUUGAAUUUGACCUUCGGAAACAUUCACAAUGUUUAGAAGUUAGAAUCCAACUAACAUAUAUAUUACAAACUCUUUCUCUCUCUCUCUUUCUCUUUCUUUCUCUCGCUCGCUCUUUCUUUCUAUUCUCUCUUCUAUCAUGGUUACACUUUGAAAUUUUUCAUUUGAUUUUUCUUAUUACAACAUGACGAUACUUUGUCGAUUAUCGAACGAUUCAAUAGACAAUGUGUCUCCGUAAUAAUGUGCGUACGUAUACGAAUCCCAAAAGUGCGAUCAUGCGAAAAAUGGGGAUUCCAAGUUUAUAAUAAUAACGCGACUCGUGACGCUUGAUAAGAGAAAAAUAAUACCGAAGGUAUAAUAAAACUGAACAUUUUCACACGAAGAACUUCCAAUAAUCGCUUAUCUCCGACACGAAUUACGAACUUGUGAAAUGAGAUCGAUCGAUUCGUUUUACCUGAAAGAAAGGAAGAAAGAAAGAAGGAAAAAGAAAAGAAAAGAAAAGAACAAAAAGAGCAAGAAAAUGGAAAAGGAACAAUGCGAUUACAUAGAACGACUCAGCGUAAUUUUUGGCUAAUUUUAUCGUCCUCGUAUAGCGAGAUACACGAUAUCUCUCGACUUUAAAUAUUUCGGCUUUCUUAAGAAAAAAAAAAAAAAAAAAAGAAGAAAAAAAAAAGAAAAAAAAAGAAAAAAAAGGAAAAAAAAAAGAAAAAAAAUCUAAAAUACAUUCUACACGUUAUUUAUAAAUUAUUAAACUAUCGCUUGUGUAAGAAGCUAACCAAGAAAUGUUUGACGAUCGUCGAAGAUGUUUGUCACGUUAAUUAUUUAAUAUCGAUAUCGAUAAUGUUUUAACUGUGAAUUCUUAACUAUGAUCGGUAAGGAAAUUAGCUCGAAAUUUUCAUGAAUUUUUAAAAUAUUUCUCAUAUAAUGUUAAUUAACUUUAUUCUAUCUAUCUAUCUCUCUCUGUCUCUCUCUCUCUCUCUCUCUCUCUCUCUCUGUAAUACUAAAUGCUUCCAAUCUUAAACAAUUUGAUAAAUCUCCCAUCGAGAGGAGUAAUAUAUUUGUUGAAAUAAAUAGUUGGGAAGUAUUUCUUCUAUCGUUGAUUAUGUACAGCUUAGAUAAGAAAAAAGAAAAAAAAAAAAAAAGGCAACAAACAUUUUCGUCGA